UACUAUUAGAUUAGACUGAUUGAUUUAGCACCAUGAAAUACAUAGCCUCAUAGGCAUAAGCGGGCAAGCGUAAGGGAGGGAGAUUGUGCACAAUGGCGUUCAUGUGAGCAAUGGAAAUAUCGAUCACUUCUUCGGAAAUGGAAACAGAAGUUGUGGAUGGUUUAGUCAUAUCAGGUUGUGAUGUGUGUGGAGCAGACCAUCCCACAGAGGCUUGCCCAGAGUUGGCCCUGUGUUCUGCUGACACGAAGCUCCAUCAAUCUGCGCAGUCAAGGGCACGACUCACCCUUCCAAAACACCUAGAAAUUGUUGACUGUCCAGAUGGAACAACAGGAAUCCUAGCAGUAGAAAAUAUUUCUGCAAAGGCACAGUUUGGGCCUUUUGAAGCUAAACGUGUUCUUUAUGCAAACGAAGAGGAAGGAUUCCAAUUAAAGGUCUUGUCAAAAGAUGGAUCUGGAGUACUGCUCGACACAACAGAUGAACACCAGUGCAAUUGGAUGUGUCUCGUGAGGCCAGCCGACUCGGUCGAGAUACAGAACAUGAUUGCUUAUCAAUUAGGAAGUGAGAUAUUCUUCACUGCUACAAAGGAAAUUGAGGAAGGGCAGGAGUUACGAGUAUGGUAUGCACCGGCAUACGCAAGAAAACUGAAAAAACCAAUUCACCCCGUAGAAGUGUUUUCAGCUGUUGAGGCAAGUGUUGCCCUGCAAGUGGAUGAACAACUAGAGCAGAACGAUGUCAGCGACAGUGUAAAUCCAGAGAAAAUUACACUGGUUGCAGAAUGCAAGUGCGGUUGGUGUGGUCUAUCAUUUGUAGACACUGGUGACUUGGCGAAGCACUUAAUGGGACAUUUCACGGGAGAAACAGGGAGCACAGCAUCAUUGGGUAAAAAGAUGCGGAAAACUGCAGAGGUAGCAUGUAGAAAAAAGGAUGGUGUUCGCAUCACUGCGAACAAAAAAACCAAAUUAGAACCAGGCAGGAAACGUAACAACCGCAAGGUGAAAACCUCCGCAAAACAUGGCAAACAUCACUGCGAAGAGUGCCAGGAAUAUUUCCGCACCAAAGGUCAGUUAACGAAGCAUCGGCGGGAGCACAAGCAGCUGCUGUGUAAGCAUUGCGGAGAGUGCUUUCAGAGCAUGGCCGUGCUGCGACCCCACAUGCGCAAGCACACAUACGAUUCGAAUCAGCGCCAGUGCAGUCUCUGUGGGAAGGUAGUCCCCCGUUAUCAGUAUAACAGCCACGUUUCUAUGUGUACACACGGGCAGCACAGUGAGGCCAGUGUCAGUGGCAAGUUGAAGCCAGUUGUUCUUCUUGAAACACUGACACCUGGCCAUUUUCUUAGUGCAGGGCUCCGUGUAAAAAAUGAACCAAUAGAACAACUGGAAGAUAGUGAUCACUCGUCAGAGAAUAUGGAAGAAUGUGCUGUCUCAGAGGUAGCCUUUAAUGAGGACAACAAUGUAGUAGAAAAUGCUGUAGUGACAAAUGAAGACUCCCUUUCAGAUAAUGAGGCAGAUGAUGUCAGUCCAGCUAAUGGAAAUUUAACAUUGGAUAGUAUGGAAGAGGCAGACAAAUCUAUGGAUGUUGUUAGCCAGAACUCUCAAAAUCUGAGUAAAAUAUUUGAGUGUAAAAUAUGCAAGAAAUCAUUCACUAGAAAAACCUCUUUGAGUCGACACAUGGCACUUCAUGAAGGCAGGUUCCAAUGCCAAAUAUGUGAUAGAAAGUUUUCAAGAAGAGAUAUUCUUGAUGAUCAUGUAUGCAUAAAUCUGGGAAAGUCACAGCAAGCAAAGUGUGACAUCUGUGGACGUAUAUUUAACAACAUGAUGGAACUUUACCGUCACCUACAGACCCAUUUGUCAAGCCACCACUGCAGCAAAUGCCAAAGAAAAUUCAGUACAGUUAAGGAACUUGAAAGCCAUGCCUGUAGUUAUAGCGAAUGCCAGUAUUUUUGCAAGUUAUGCUACAAAGCAUUCAACACGCAGAAACUAUUGGAUCGCCACAGCAACAAGCACAAGGGUCGAUUUAUAUGCAACUUGUGUAACAAAACGUACACCAGCAAAAGCUCUCUGGAGAACCAUAGUUGUGCUGUAACACCACGAGACAAAGUCUUCGGUUGCGAUAUCUGUGAAAAAAAGUUUGCCAAGGAGAAAUACCUGACGAAGCACCUUCCUUUGCACACGGGCGAAUUCGCCUGCGAGAUAUGCAAGAAGUGGCUCAGCGGCAAGGAGUGUCUCUUUAACCACAUGCGAUUCUGCAGCAAAGUGCAGGAGAUUGAAACAUUUGGCGUGAUUGAAUGCAGCAAGUGCAAGCUGGAGUACACUGACGUGCCUUCGUACAGACAGCACCAGAUGACUCACACGCACGUUCACGUCUGCAGCAAGUGUGGCUGCAGGUUCCCGAAGCGCUCGCGCCUGGAGAUGCACAUCUGCGCCGAGAUCGCUCCGAAGUGUCAGACGUGCGGCAAGGUGUUCAAGAGCGUGUCGAACCUCAACAAGCACAUGGAGAUCCACAACGAUCCGAAGUACGAGUGCAUGCACUGCGGAACGCACUUCCACCGUAGGGACAACAUGAUGGCACACGUGUGCAAGGGUGCGGACGGAAUUGUGAAGCUUCGCAAGCAGAUCGACAAGGAGGUUCAUUUUGAGACGUUGGUGUGCGAGGUAUGCGGCACGCAGUUCAACUCGCGCAGUAACCUCAACCAGCACCGUCUCCUGCACGGACAGAAGAACUUUGUGUGCGACGAGUGCGGCAAGAAGUUUCACCGAAAGGACGCGCUCAAAGACCACUCCAUGGUGCAUUCUGCCGAGUGUAAGUUCCAGUGUGUAGAGUGUGGCAAGAUGGUGAAGUCCAGACACUCGCUCAUAAUGCACAUGAGACUGCAUGAGGAGGAAAAGCAAUACUCCUGUGAUGUUUGUGGAAAGUUCUUCUCCCAGAAGGGCAACAUGUUAAAGCACAGGAACACGCACAUUGACGGCAUAAAGUUUCCUUGUUCGUACUGCGGCAAAAGCUUCGGAUCAAAGGAGUACCUGGCCAUUCACGUGUUAGAGCAUACACAGACGGUGAGGUUCAUUUGCGAGGUUUGCAAUAAGCCAUUUGUGAAAAAACAUCUACUAAAACAACACGAGAAGAUCCUUCACAGCAAUCUAACUCUGACAUGUGAGUUUUGUCCAACGACGGUAAAGCUGAGGCAUAGCCUUCGUCGUCACCUGCGGAAGAAGCAUGCGGACUUGCGCUAUGAGUGGGAUAAGACCGGUUACAUCGAGCAGCUUAUUAAGAACAAACAACAGGAUGGAGUUGUAGAAACACUCAUGUCCCUAAAUCAACUCCAAGGAGCUGAUACUGGAUCCUUGCAGAAUGCUUCAAACGAGCAGGUCAGACAGAUUUUCAUUAGUGGAGACAUUUCAGAUACUGGUGUUAUUCAGCACAUAGAGAUUCCACCUGCCCAAGAUCUCGAAGAAAUCCACUUAACUGAGGAGCAGAUCCCUGUUGAAAACAAUGAAGGCGUUGUGGAUGAAAAUGAUCUACAUCGCAUCGUCGCAACAAAUAAUGAAUCCAAGUCUACACUUCAACAGCUUGUUCAGAUACCUGGCUUUAUAGAAGCCAUCGAAUCUGUACAGAGACAAGAUCCAAAUACAGUUAUAACUUUUGAAGUUUUAAAAGAGUAAUUAUUUAUUAAACUUGUUGUAUCCUAUUGUUAUUAAAUCCUAGUUCCAAUUUAAGCAAAUCACAGGAUAAGAAAGUAAGUGCCUUGGUUAUUUUUGCUGCACAUUUUAUUGACUGGGAAAAGUGUUUGGUGAUAAAGUAAAAAGUAACCCGCCAGAUAUUCCAUUUCAGACCUAUGUAUAAUCUACAUAUAUAUCCUGGAAUGCUACAUCACAAUUAAAGAUGGUCAAAACCGAGAGUUUAUUUGUAUUCAAGACAGUCUUAUUAGUUAGCAUUUAAUCUACUAACCAUCAGCUAAACAAAAUUUUUAUAAAAUGACAUAUAAAUUGAAAUUUACAUGAAAAGCACUAGAUACUAGUGACAAAAUUUACCUUUCACAUCCUAACAUGCUAUAUAAUAUCGUUUUAUCUAAACUAGUUAAUUAAAUUUCACCAGUAUCAUUUGUCAGCAUCCAAUUGUAGGGUAAUUGAUUCCAUUGAUUUUUCUCUAAGUUAGAACAUUGAUAUCGUUUGUUAUGUUAGUUACAGAGUUGAAUGAAAUUUCAAAAUGUGUACACAUUAGUUAAGCAAUUGAAGAGUAAUUUCGUAUGCACAUACAUACCCUAUGAUAGGAAUAACCGAAUUGUACGAUGUAUUGUCAUGACGUGGCAGUGUGAAUUAUUAAAAAUGUAAGUUUUUUAUUACUA